ACCGACAAUCUCUCACGUCCUGUCUUCCUUAGAGAAAUAACCGAGUGUUGGAGGGGGGAUGUGAAAUCAGUCACAGCUUCGGUUUUAAUGUCGAACCCCUUCCCGGACACCCACCCAGAAACAAGACGGUAGGAUGUUUCAGACGAUAUAUGAUUGGUUCUGGUGGGAUCGCCUCUGGUUGCCCUACAACCUGACCUGGACGGACUUGGAAGACCGGGAUGGGCGCAUCUACGCCAAGGCCAGCGACCUGUACGUCACCAUACCCUGUGCCUUUGUGUUCAUGAUCGUCCGCUAUCUCUUCGAGAGGACCGUUGCCACAUACUUUGCCCGGGUUCUGGGCAUUAAGGAGAAAGUGCGGUUGAGAGUCAAGCCCAACCCGAUUCUCGAAAAGUCUUUCAGAGCUUCCUCGAAGCACCCGAAACAGAGCGACAUCGAGGGUCUCAGCAAGAAAUGUGGCCUCAGCCCCCGGCAGGUGGAGAGGUGGUUCCGGAGGAGACGCAACCUCGAGCGGCCCAGUGUCCUGAAGAAAUUCCGGGAAGCUUGUUGGCGAUUCACCUUUUAUCUUCUUGCUUUCACUGCUGGCAUGGCUGUUGUAGUUGACAAACCCUGGUUUUAUGAUCUGCGAGAAACUUGGAAAGGAUUUCCGAUUCAGACGAUGUUACCGUCGCAGUACUGGUAUUAUAUGAUCGAGCUGGGUUUCUACUGGUCCCUGCUGUUCAGCGUGGCCUUCGACGUUAAGAGAAAGGACUUCCGGGAGCAAAUAAUUCACCAUGUGGCCACCAUCAUCCUGAUCAGCUUCUCAUGGUGUACCAACUACAUCAGAGCAGGGACACUGGUUAUGGCCGUACACGAUGCCUCAGACUACUUCCUGGAGUCGGCGAAGAUGUUUAACUACGCGGGCUGGAAGAAGACCUGUAACUGCCUCUUCAUUCUGUUUGCUAUCGCCUUCAUUCUCACCAGGCUCGUCAUCUUCCCUUUCUGGAUCAUUCACUGCACCGUGAUCUACCCGUUGGAACUGUACCCUGCCUUCUUUGGGUAUUAUUUCUUCAAUGCCAUUCUGGUCGUCCUCCAGCUGCUACACAUCUUCUGGGCUGUUCUCAUUCUCAGGAUGACACUGAAGUUCAUGACUGGAAACAUCGUGGAGGAUGAACGAAGUGACAGAGACGAGACGGACAACUCUGAGGACGAGGAGGAGGAGCUGGUCAAGAACGGCCUCAUUUCCAACGGACACUCCAUGAUUAAUAACAACCACGGGAAGUCUGAUUAGUGCCUUACCUAUCUCGGAUGUCCGGGGGAGGGGGGGGGGGGGGGAAAGAGGGGGAGGGGGCUUGGGUCCCAAAGCUCUCCAUCCCCCUCCCUCCCUCCCAACCCCCGUCAUUGCCCGAAGGGGGGGGGGGGGGGGAGUAGAUCAUUCAGCUCUGCCCUUCUCACCCCCACCCCCCGUUAUCUAGCUGCACCCGGACCCCCCUGCUGGAGCAACGUGGGGGCUGGAGAGGGGAAAGUGGAUUUUCUUUUUGUUUUGUUGGAGUCAGUCAGACUGUGUGCCUUUCGAAUCAGUAUUUUAAUCCCUCCCCUCCCACUCCCCACACCGUCUUCCCCCCCCCCGGGAUUGCACUUUGCAACCAGACAUUUUCUCUCUCUCUCUCUCUCUCGCGCCUUCCUGUUGUGCUCUGCUUUGUAAUUAUUUCACUUGUUAAACCCCACGACCACACCACCCCUAUUUCCCCCCUCCCAUCCUAUUUGAGUAGACGCUGGGGGAGGACUUGGCGCGAUUACGAACCCCGCAUCGCCCCUCCCAAGCCAUUCCAACUGCCCUCUCCUCCCACACUCUCUCUCUCUCUCGAGAAAGUGUUGUGUAAUUUUCCCUUUGGGAAGAGGGAAGAUCGUUUUCGCUCCCUCUCGCCCCCCCACCACGACCCCGUGUUGCGAACCUCAAUGGUAGGUUUCGGUGCGGGGGGGGGGGGUGGGCAGGAGAACUCUGUGGCAGACGAACUCUGUUGGGACGGUCAGAGAUUUCGGUUGAUGUCAGAGUCCACGAGAAGAUGGUGGACAUCUCACCAGGAGACGCCAGGGCUGAGCGUGUGAGCAGUGCCAUCAGUGAUGAUCAUACUCCCCCUCCUUACAUAUCGCAAAACCCUCCCUCAACCCCCCCCAGCGCUUGGACCCCUUGGGAGGGAGCCGUGUGGGAUUCAAUCAUCCAGCCCCUUCACCAACCGAGAGAUGGGUACGUCAAUACUGCUGCCAUGUUGCGUUUAGCGUCAGUUACAAGUUGACGCUACACCCCCCCCCCCACUCCCUGGGCCGUAGAAAUCACUUAUUCUUUACCGGGAAAUUAAUUCUCUUUUUUUGUGUGUCGGGGGGGGGGGGGGGGGGGGGGGGGGGGGAGGAGAUGGUGAAACGUUGCUGAAUUCAGCGCAAAUGAUCCAAGGGGUGGGGAGAGCGUGAAAUCUCUGACUGGGAAGGGCGAUAC